UGAACAUCGCCAACGUGGCACUAAACAUGAUCUAUACAUACAUACACGUUCCCAUGUCCUCAUUACACAAAAUAGUACUACUCUUUAGAUCCGUUUGCUAAGAAAAUCAAAACCCGAUGGAGUCGUCAUCAAAAGCAACAGCAGAAGCAGCAACGAAGCCGGCGGCGAGAGGUGGAAGAAGAAGAGGAGGAGAUCGCAAGAAGAGCGUCACCAAGUCCGUCAAAGCCGGUCUCCAGUUCCCCGUCGGCCGUAUCGCUCGCUACCUUAAAAAAGGCCGUUACGCCAUCAGGUACGGCUCCGGCGCUCCCGUCUACCUCGCCGCCGUCCUCGAGUACCUCGCCGCCGAGGUUCUUGAGCUAGCUGGUAACGCGGCGAGGGAUAACAAGAAGAAUAGGAUAAACCCUAGGCAUCUUUGCUUGGCGAUAAGGAACGAUGAGGAGUUGGGGAAGUUGUUGCACGGAGUGACCAUCGCGAGUGGUGGAGUGCUUCCGAAUAUUAACCCGGUUCUUCUUCCUAAGAGGACUGCCGGUGGUUCGUCUCAAGGUGAGAAGAAAGCUUCUUCGCCAGCUAAAAAGUCUCCCAAGAAGGCUUAAAACGAUGUCGCAUUUGGUUUUGUAUCGUCCAUCUAGAAGGAGGAGGAGAAGAGCAAUUGAAGAUUAAUGUUUUUAAAGACAUUUUGUAAUGAAUUAACUAAUUUUCUGAGUUGCUUCUCAGUUUCCCCAGCUAAUCAAAUAAAUAAAAUCUCUUUCUAGA